CAGCCGCGCAGCAGCUCCCGCAGAGCCCACCCCAGCAGGGAUGCGUGUGGCCAGCCGCGCAGCAGCUCCCGCAGAGCCCACCCCAGCAGGGAUGCGGGCGGCACAGCGCGCACCGAGCACACCCCGGUGCGCCGUGGGGUGCUGAGUGACAAUCAAAGUGAGGGGACGAGGAGCCUCAUAAAAGUGUCACCACCAGGUAGAACCCUUUCAUUGAGCUCAGCCCGCUUGUUCCACCAGAGAGGCGGCGAUGGAAAGCUCGGCUGUAGCUCUGAUUGGAGGAGUGCUGCUGCUGGAAGAGGGAAAGGAAAACGUCCCCUAUAGGCAGAGCUGGUGGCAGAGCUGGUGACGGGGGUGCCGGGAGGUGCUGCAGGGCAGGACGAGCCCGCAGCAAGGGGAGGGAUCGCGGCGGGAGGCGGUGCCGCCCCGCCCGGCGGUGACGCGGGGGGUGACGCGCGGCGGCGGGCGAUGACGCGGACGGGCGAUGGGGCAGACGCUGUGCGUCUGCUCCCGGGGCACCGUCAGCCUGGGGGGAGCGCGGUACCUCCUGCUCCACCGCCUGGCAGAGGGGGGUUUCAGCUAUGUGGACCUGGUGGAGGGGCUGCGGGAUGGGCGCUUCUACGCCCUGAAGCGCAUCCUGUGCCACGACAAGGAGGACCGGCAGGCCGCCCUGCACGAGGUGGAGAUGCACGGCCUCUUCGACCACCCCAACAUCCUGCGCCUGGUGGCCCACUGCAUGGUGGAGAAGGGCGCCAAGCACGAAGCCUGGCUUCUCCUGCCCUACGUGAAGGGGGGAACUCUCUGGAGAGAGGUGGAAGCACUGCGAGAGAAAGGCACCUUCAUGCCAGAGCAGCGGAUCCUCCUCAUCCUCCAUGGGAUCUGCCGUGGGCUGCAGGCCAUCCACAGCAAGGGCUAUGCACACAGGGACCUCAAGCCCACCAAUGUGCUGCUGGAUGAGGAUGACCAGCCUGUCCUGAUGGACCUGGGCUCCAUGAACCAAGCUCGCAUUGAAGUCAGCAACUCUCGGGAGGCCAUGGCUGUGCAGGACUGGGCUGCCCAGCGCUGCACCAUCUCCUACCGUGCCCCCGAGCUCUUCACAGUGCCGAGCCAGUGCGUCAUAGAUGAGCGUACGGAUAUCUGGUCCUUAGGCUGUGUGCUGUACUGCAUGAUGUUUGGAGAGGGCCCCUAUGAUGCCAUCUUCCAGAAGGGUGACAGUGUGGCCCUGGCAGUUCAGAACCCCCUCACACUGCCCUCCACAACCAGAUACUCGGCUGCCUUGCAGCGCCUGCUCUUCUCCAUGAUGACAGUGAACCCCCAGGAGAGACCCAGCAUAAAUGAAAUCCUCCACCAGCUGGAGGGGCUGCAGCCAGCACCGGUGGGACAGGACACCACACAGAUCUGAGCCCAUCCCCUUCCAGUGGUGACGCGUCCUGAGGCUGAGCCAGGGGAAAAGCAGCUGCCCUAAUCCCUGCUGCCCUGCAGACCUGUUGCAGAGGGGAUUGAUGCCCUGGGGGAGAGCUGCUGCUCUGUGCCGGAGGUGUGUUGGGUUUGGAGUGUUCUGUGCCCUGGAUGCUGCUGCCUGGGCCUUGGUCUGUGCCCCUGAGCUGUGGAUAUGUGAUCUGCUGCUAAACAUGGGUCCCUUGCCAGCUGCUACCUUCCCUGGGGGUGGCAGAAGAGGAUGUUGUGGGACCCCUCCUGGGGAUGGGAGCUGCUGUCCUGCGGCUCUGUGUCCCAGGAAGGUUGCUCCUGCCCGGGGCAGAGCUGCGGGCCGGAUCCCGGUGCUGUGCUGGAGGGAGGCAGAGGGAGCGCCCACUCUGCCGCUGCUCUUGGCACCGAUGCUGCCUUGUGUUUGAAGUAAAGUAUGUUCUUGCGGA